GUAUAGUACGCGUAAAUCGUUUCCACCAUCACGAGAAAAAAAAAAUCCGUAGUCUGAAAAUAGAGAAACAAAAAUAAGGAAAUUGAUUGCGAACAAUUUAUUUGCAUUGUAAAAAAAACAACAACACAAGAACUAAAUCAAAGAAAAAAAAAGAGAAUUGUGCUUAAGUUUGGUUUUCUAUAUAUAAAUAUAUUCCUCGAGGUAAACAUUCGAAUAUUUUAUUUUUAGUUCUUUUUUUCUCGAAUUUUAUUUUUCAUUGCUCAUGAAAAAUGGUAUUCGUAUCGCGCAAAUAAAAACGAACUUCUUAGGGCUAAACGAAAACAAAAACAAAAACAAAAAAUUUAAAAGCCACCAGCAUUUUAGAAGGAUCGAUUAAGUUAUUCAAAGAAAAUAGAAACGAAUAGUCAAUGUCGUCAUCCAUACUUGUGUCUUUGUCGCAGUAAGUUUUUUUCCGUACACUUCAGAGCGGGCAAAUGAACGUAUAUUUAAGUUAAGUAACGAAGAAGAGAAAAAAAAAACGAUAAAGAAAUACAAACACAAUGAAACACUUGUGGUAGUGAGAAAAUUGGUUUUGCUGAAAUUAGCGAACAAAACAGCAGAAAAAAGUACACACAAAAAAAAUAAUAAUAAUAAAAAAAUGGAAACAAAACCAACAUGAUAUCUUUUGAAUGGGAGUAUUCUUUACUUCUUGCUUAUAUAUACAUAAAUUUUUUUUGUUUGGAUUGAAAUCGACAAUUCAAAUCACUACCGAGAAUCAACAAUAAGCAGCACUAAUAAAUUAACCAAAAUGGCGUCGUCUUCGUUCAGCGUUUCUGUCUAGCACGUUAAAAUUGACGAACGUAGCAGCACAGUAUGUUGUGCGUUGUUUGUCUGGUGUACAAAUUGAAUUAAAUGGAUCAUUGAAAAGCAACUAGAUUUUUAUUUCAAAAAACCUAUCUCUUCAAUAAAUCGGUAGAAUCGACAUAUUCAAAAAUUCACUUGCAAAAUGAGCGUCAUAAUACGGCUACAGAAUUUGCCAUGGUCUGCAAAUGCCACAGACAUUCGCCAGUUCUUCAAAGGUUUGGGAAUACCUGAUGGCGGUGUUCAUAUUGUUGGCGGUGAAAACGGGGAUGCAUUUAUAGCUUUUGUUACCGAUGAUGAUGCAAGAAAAGCAAUGCGUUUGGAUGGAGGAAAAUUGAAGGAAAUUCAAGUUCGAUUGUUUCUAUCUUCACGGGCUGAAAUGCAAGAGGUGAUUGAAACGGCCCGUCAAACGACUAUGUCACUUAUGCAAAUGCAGCGACAACCAACGAUUGCUGCUCCAGCCAUAGCACCGCCAGCCGUUCUAACGCCUCAAUCUCCUCCUCAAGUAAGCCUUGCUACAGCCAUUCAAAAGAAAAUCCCACCAACUCUACCGACCCAGUUGCCCGGCUUGAUCACACAACAAAUGUAUCAGCAACAGAUUCAAAAUUUACAUCAACAGAAUCCUGUGAAUGCUCUAAAUGGCUUACCUCCAAAGGUUAAUGAAUCGCUCGAUUUAGUUAGCAGUCGACGUAGUCGCCGGUCUCGUUCUCGUUCACACUCUUAUUCACGUGAUUCGAGGUCGCGUAGUCGUUCGCGCUCACCAUCACGCUCUCGUGAUCGUUAUAGGCGCCGGUCACGCUCACCACGACGAAAUAAGGGUCGAUCACACAGGGACAGAAGUGAUAGCCGUGAUCGAGAUCGUCGUCGUAAUCGAACAUCAUCCCGAAAUGACAAAGACUACAAAGACUUGGGCCGAAAUGGAAAUGAUAAGCGGUUAAGUGUCGAGAUCGAGCCAAAGCCAGCACCAGCUCAAAAUCCAAUAAAUCCCAUGAAUUCGUUGUAUCAACAAAAUGUACCGUUUAACAGUAACAUUUCACAGUAUAUGAUGAAGCAAAUGAACAAUCCGAAUGCAGGGGCUAUGAAUCCAUUGAGCCAAAGCGAACAAAUGAGUGCAUUUUCAACCAAUGAUGUGCGCACUAUGAACAUGAACAUGACAUUGCAAACGAAUCCAUUAGCUUUUCAGCAACAAUUGUACAAUCAGCAAGCGGUUAGUAUGCCUGCAUUUAACACCUUCUCACAGGCGGGCGGUGUUCUGCAAAAUGCUCAACAGCAUCAACAGCAACAAUUGACAGCAGGUAUGUCUAGUCAAAUGAAUAAAUUCGGCAUGAACAACGGUAUGGGUGGUCCACACAAUGGAAACAACACAAUGGUAAAUGUCACACACUGUGUUAGGGUGCGAAAUUUGUGCAACUUGACCAAUUAUAGCGCGAUUCGAAAAUUCUUCUCCGGCUUAUUGAUACCCAACGAUGGCAUCAAAAUGAUAAAUGACACGGAUGGCAAUCGAACUGGGCAGGCUUAUGUACGUUUUGCUCGGCCGCAUUUUGUUCAGUUGGCUAUUCAACGAAGUAAUCAAAAACUGGGCAGAAAUGUGAUAAAAAUCGAAGACAUCGAUGAAAAGGCAUACGAUGAUGCCAUCGAUGCAUAUCGACCACCACGCCGCAACAACUACCAUCGAGACCGCGAACACCGCGAUCGAAGAUACAGAAGGAACAGCCGGGAUAGCCGUGAUUAUAGCGAUGAUGACGACGACGACGAUCGAAGUAAUUCGGAUAAUGAGCGUGACAACGAUGUAAUGUGUAUUUCUGAUUCGAAUGAUAGCAAGGAAGCAGCUCCGUUUACAACAGUUCUGAUCGAGGAUUUGCCGCCAUUUACCAAGGAGCAAGACAUCAUGAAAUUGUUCUCGUCCUAUCCCCUCGUACACAUUGUCAUGGCUAAACGGCCGAAAAUGUUCUCGUCAUAUGUCAAAUUUCACAGUGCUGACGAUGCCAAAGCGGCCGUUAAAAACACCGCUUGUCACAAAAUUACGUUCAAAACGGUGUACAUUUCUGCUUGUAGUGAGGAGGAAUUUGAAACGGCUCGCAAAGAGUUCAGCGGUGAACUGGACCUAGACAUUGGAAUGCCUAAACCGGUUGAAGAGAAUAGUCAAUCGAGCGAUAGAACUGCACCAAACGAAAUCAAAAGCCCAAAUACUUCGAUGCAAAAUGUUGAAUAUCUAAAUGAAGGCUCCAAUGAAAUGUCGGAUCCAGUUCCUGGUGUUUCAUUGGAAAAUAUUCCCGGAGUCAAUCUAAAUGAUCCGCGUAUUAAUCCAGCGAAAUUCCCUUUUUUGAAAAAUAUGAACACCGAUGUAUCGCAUUCCGAACGCAUCGAUCCACGUACCAAAACCGCUGUUCAAGUGCCGGUGAACACAUUUCCUGGCAUUGACGUUGCAAUGGCUACGCAACAACAGGCUAUGAUGGAUAUGAGCAUGUCCGAAGUGUGCUGUAUUCUCAUUGAAAACAUGGAAUAUCGCACAACUGAAGCCGAAAUCGUUGAAUGGAUACAAAACAAGGCAAAUCUCACACCAGUUCGAAUUCAAUUGCUGGUCAACGAACGCAACCAAACCAAUGGAAAUGGUUUUAUUCAGUUUGCCAAUAGCGAGCAGGCAACAAAAGCCACCGAACUGCUGGAUAAGGCUCAGUUCAAAUCACGGGUCGUGCACAUUUCAUUGGCACCAUGGCAACAAAUUGUUGCGACGAUUCAAAAUAUCACACAGGUUUUGCGCGAAAAUGGUUUCGAUGGCAUUGACACAUCGGGAAAUAUACCGCGUCCACGUUUCAAUAACAAUAAUGCCAACAAUCGAUUCCCGAAUAACAAUCGAUUUAAUAACAACGGCAACAAUCGCAUGCAAAAUAACCGACAGAACAACCGCAAUGGCGGCAAUUUCAACGGAUGUAUUGUUUCGAUGACAAACGUACCGUACAAAGCCAGUGUUGAUGAUAUUCUUGAUUUCUUCAGUGACUUCGAUGUUGCGGCAGAUGAUAUCAUUCGUCGAUACAACGAUGAAGGCAAACCCACUGGCGAUGCUAGAGUACGAUUCGAAUCACCGUCCGAGGCAAGACGCGCUAUUGAUCAACGGGGCAAUUGCCGACUUGUUAAUCGACCCGUUUUCUUGCAACUGUUUAAUAAUUAAGUGUUUUAUCAUUUUUGAUUAGGAAGAUUUAAGUAUUUAUCUUAAAUUUAAUAUCUUACUUGCUCACCAGAAGCAGAAAAACCAUUAUUUUCUAUGGUUAUUUGUUUGUUUUUUCAAUCAAAGCAUAUUCCAUUUCUUACACAUACAUCUAUGUACAUAUUUUCGGAUUAAAAAGAAAUUGAAAAAAGUGAAAAGA